AUGGUUACCAUUGUUGAUAAUGAUUACUCAUCUAAGUCUACCAUUCCUACAAAUACCAUUUUGAAGCCAUAUCCGAUGGACAGUAUUUUAAAAGUUAACCAGUAUGUUGAAAAUACAUCGGCCACACAAAAGUUGAUAAAUAAUGAUGAUGUUGAAGAUGUUCCUUUACUUGUUUCCGAUAGCGAAGAUGUAUCGGACGGAGAAGAUUGUAACACUCAGUCUGUGGAUGGCCACGAAAGCGAUGCGAGCGUGAAAGCUUCCAUUGCGGCCGAACAAGUUAAACGAGACAUGAAGAAGCUGGUCCAAGUACCAGAAGUAAACAACCAAAAACAAGAGUUGACCAAAGAACAAUUCAGAAAUGAAAGGAAUCAAUUGAUGACUAUCGUUGUGAAGUAUAUUGCUACCAAAAUCACCAAUUCGUUUCCACCUCAGUCCCCAUCAGUUCCAAGCUCCUCGGAGCUUCCAUUAGACAGGUUUUUACUUAUUUUGACUAAUAGAUUGCAAUUAUCGUUGCCUUUAUUUAUGAAAGGCAUAAUCUACUUAUUCAGAUAUAUGGAUAUCAUUUACUUAUUGAGGUACUUGAACCAGUCCAACAAUUUUGCAAACUACAAUGAAAUGGAUUUCUGCUUGAAGAAAUUAAUUGUUGGUUGCUUCAAGUUAGCCUUGUCUAGAGAAAACAUUACGAAGAAUUGGUCAGCCAUAAGUGGCAUGUCCAAUAGUGAACUUAAUACUAUUGUGAAGACUAUAGUAACUAGAAUGAAUGGUAAAUUGGUUGUCAAAAAUAUUGACUUACUCAAAUUAAAACUGGAAAUAUUUCGCUUCGUAAAGAUGGUCACAAAUCCUAUUUAG